UCCACCAUAUAUAUUCAAACAACUCUCUCUAACUUCUCCACAAAGCUUUUCUUUGUUCAGAGACUUACCCAACUUUUCCUUUGUAUACAUAUCUCUCUCAAUACAACUCUUGAAAGGAAAGCAAUACCGAUCCAUUGGUUCGCUUUUUGAAGGUCAUUUUGGCUUUGUUUGGUAGCUAAGAAUUGUUGGGAAAAUGGAAAGCUCUGUAGCAUAUGAGAAUGAUCUUAAUUUCAAGGCAACUGAGCUCAGAUUAGGAUUGCCAGGAAGAGACGAGUCUGAGAAAGAAACCAUGUGUGGUGGCGGUGGUAGAAACAACAAGCGAGCAACGCCUGACACGGCGGAGGAUGGCGGAGCGAAGGGUGGCUCAUCCGAUGCCAAAAAUGCACCCGCCGCCAAAGCACGAGUAGUGGGGUGGCCGCCAAUCCGAUCCUACCGGAAAAAUAGCUUCCUUCCUAAGAAGGCGGAGGCGGAGGCGGAGGCGGAGGCAGAGGCAGAGGCGGAGGCAGGAAUGUACGUGAAAGUGAGCAUGGACGGAGCUCCAUAUCUCAGAAAGAUUGAUCUAAAGGUUUACAAGGCCUACUCAGACCUCCUAAAGGCUUUAGAAGACAUGUUCAAAUUCACCAUAGGGUUGUACUCAGAGAGGGAAGGCUACAAAGGAUCUGAAUAUGCACCAACUUAUCAAGACAAAGAUGGUGACUGGAUGCUUGUUGGAGAUGUUCCUUGGGACAUGUUUAUGUCAUCCUGCAAGAGACUGAGAAUCAUGAAAGGAUCAGAAGCUAAAGGCUUAGCCUGUGGGUUAUGAAUGAGAAACCCAUAACAGAAGAAACAGAAGAGAAGAUAUGUAUCUAUUCUAUCAUGGAGAGAUACACAGUUUGAGCUUGGGUUCUCGAGGAAUUUUGAUUUUGAAAACACCCUCUUUGUGCCAACAGUUUUCUCUGGACUUCAACUGAGAAGUGCAAAUAGAAAACACAAAAAAACAAAAAUACUACUUUGUAAAGUUGUAGCAGCAGAUCAUCUAUGGUCGUUUUAUUGUCUUUGUUUUGUAAUAAUUCUAUUGAAUCAAAAAUGCAUACAAAAGAAAUACUUGCUUCCAAAGCAGUUCUAUAUAUAAACAUGUAUAUAAUAUUGCUCUCCAAA